GAGAUUGAUCUUGUGAGAUUGCCAGAUUGGAGCUAUAAUCAAACCAAGAAGCUAGUCUUUAGAUUAGUAGCUCAAUCAAUCAAUCCGUGACAUCCAGAUUGCCAGAUUGAUGAGAUUGUGCCGCUGCGGUAGGGGUGGAGGGUGAAGGAUAGAAAAAGGGUGGAGUUUCUCGUGUCCAUCCUCCGCCCAUAUCUUUCGUUCUUAACAACGCGUUGCAAUGCCUCCCCAAUCUCAAAAGAAGCGCAGCGGCGCACCUACAAUUGCUGCUGAAGCUGCUAAACGACUGUGCCUAUCGGAGCGAUCGCUGUCGCCCCGAGAAGCCCUGGCUAGCCAGGCCACCGAGUCGCCGUCUGAGCCAGCGUGGGAAACGCAAUUUUUGGAGUCGCAACCUGAAGCUGAGAUCCCCGCGCCCACCGAGGGCAUUGAAACGCACAGCGGCGACGGCGACAGCAGCGAGAGCUUUACAGACGACUUACUGGCACGAAAGUACGAUAUAUACAACUGGGCAGACUCGUUAGAGAUCGUGACUCUAGGGGAGUGGCUACACUACCAAAAUCUGAAAUUUCUGACAAUCAAGUCAAGUCAAGACAAUCUCAACUGCCUCACGACACUUCAAUCUGCAAUCAAGACAAUCCGUAGGGCUGCUCUCGCCUAAUCAAGUCAAGCAUAAACACUUGAAUUGUAUCUGCAAGAAGAAGGCAAAACCACAGUCUAGGGAGUGGCCCAUAACGUUUGCAUUCAUUCUCAUCUGCAGCCAGGCGCCCAAUUGCAACAAUGCGUGUAAAUCGUCCCGCCUACGGCACUGCGUGCAGACUCACCGCAUCCGUAAUGCUCCUUCUCAACGCGUGCUUCUUUCUCGCUGAUGCGCUAACCCAUCCACAUCAAUCAAUGACUAGGUCUCCGGCUCCAGCUCUAGUAGUAUUAACGUUUAUAUGUUUUAGAGGGUUCGUAGGGACUAUUUAUCAGGUUAAGUAGGGCGUCAGCAAGAAAACUACGUGUUUCUCUCAGCUGUUUGUACAUGACGCGCUGAUAGCCAGGGCCACUUACUGUUAAGACCGCGCACGAGCAACGUGCUAUGUUGCUC